AUGGGGGGGGGGGGGUUCGGGAUAUCUGGGGUGUUGUGUACCGGGGGGGUGGGGGGGGCGCUGGGGGGUCUCAUGUGGGGGGGGCCCACCGGGGGGGGGGUCCUCGGGUCGCUAGGCGGGGGGGGUCGCCGGGGGGCGGGACGUGGUCACCACACCCCCCGCCGGGGGGGACUCUUCCCCCCUGGGGUGAGGGGGGGGUCCCCGGGGGGUGUUCAGCCGGUCUCGGGGUGGGGUAGGGGUGUGGGGGGGAGUAUCUCGUCGACGGUGUGGUGGGGAAGGCUCAACGUGGUGUGUGUGGGGUGGGGGGGUGUGUGUGGGUUGGACGUGGAAUCGUGUUUGUGUGUUUGUGGUGCUAGUGGCACACUGUGGAUCAAUGAUGUGUCUCGAAUCGUGCGAAGCGACUACACCGCAGCAAACGGAGUCAUCCACCACAUAGACACUCUGCUUACUCCCUACACGCUUCAGGGCAAGGCUCCGGUCAAAGCCAAAACCAUGAAUCUCACUGAAGCAGCAGCAUUUUACGGAUACACAAAGUUCUACUCACUUGUCGAGGCCUCUGGUCUCCUGCCUGUCCUGGAGCUCCCCAUACACAGACCUUUCACCAUGUUCUGGCCCUCAGACCAAGCUGUAGCAUCACUACCUCUCGAGCGGCAACGCUGGCUUACCAGUCCCGACCACCAGGAGGAGCUGAUGGCCAUCAUCAAAGCACAUACCAUACGCAACUCCAUGGUGAUGGGGAUCAGUAAUCCUGACAAAUACCAGUCGUCUUAUCGAUCCAUGCAUGGAUCAGUCAUCAACUAUGCCUGUGACAAGAGCCUCGUGGGGAACAUUUUGCUGAACGGAAAUGCAGCCCGGGUCAUUGAGCGGUACUUGAUGUUCACUGAUGGCAUGGCCUACGGUAUCGACCAGAUCCUGGAACCUCCAGGCCUGGGCGCUCACUGUGAUGACAUUACCAACAAGACCACAUAUGGCCGGUGUGGACGCUGCCUGAAUCCUCCUUCCUGCCGCCUGAGACACACAGACACGGGAAAGGUGGAGUCUUGCAUCGCCCCGUCGUCCCGCUACAGGUACAGGUACACGCUGGACUUGGACUUGUCUCCGUUUGGACGCAAAGGUUGUAAACGAGUGUGUCACUACCCGUCAUGGACCCAGAAGUGCUGCAAGAAUCACUAUGGACAGGAGUGCUCAGCUUGUCCGGGUGGAGUUGAGUCGCCCUGCGGUUUCCAUGGUAACUGUGAUGAUGGGUUGAAAGGCUCGGGGAAGUGUAACUGUGAGCGGAACUUCAGAGGAGACUCUUGCGAUCUGUGCGCCGCCGAUCACUUUGGAGCCAACUGCACAACCUGUAACUGCACAGAGAAAGGCGUCUGUGUGGACGGAAAAGAGGGCUCUGGAGUUUGCGUCUGUAACAGCGGCUGGACUGGGGACCGCUGUCAAACUGACCUCGGUUCGAUCCCUGAGGAGUGCAGGCAGUGUCACAAAGACGCCCAGUGUGAGCCAGGCUCCGGCUGCAGCUGCAAACCAGCGUUUCAGGGCAAUGGGACCUUCUGUGAGCCUCUACCACCUCCUGACCUUUGUGCUGAGUACAACGGAGGAUGUCACGUUCACGCUGACUGCAAUCAGACCGGACUCCUCGUCAACUGCACUUGUCACAGUGGUUACCAAGGCGACGGCUUUUCAUGCCAGCCAAUCAACAGAUGCACUGAAGAGCCAAAUGGAGGCUGCAGUGACUUUGCCUCAUGCAGCUUCACAGGACCGAAUGAACGUAAUUGCGAUUGCCUGCCGGGGUACGUGGGUAAUGGAGUCCAGUGUUUGGAGGAGGUUGAGCCUCCAGUCGAUCGGUGCCUUGAGAACAACGGUGACUGUGACCCGGUGGCUCAGUGCAAAGACCUGCACUACCACACAAAAACUGGGGGGGUGUUCCACCUCCGGUCUCCUCAAGGGAAGUACCAGAUGAACUUCAGUCAAGCUAAAAAAGCCUGUGAGGACGAGGGAGGCGCUCUGGCCAGCUUCAAACAGAUGGGAGACGCUCAGCAGCUGGGCAUGCAUCUGUGUGCUGCCGGGUGGAUUGAGGGGGCAAAAGUGGGCUAUCCAAUCCGCUUCCCUUCAGCCAAAUUGGACCAGAGCAGCCGCUACGACGCCUACUGCUACAGAUUAACAGACGUGUCCUGUUCGUGUCCUGGCGACUUCGUUGGCAACGGAGACUUCUGUAACGGUGUUCUGGCUGACGUUUUGGCCACAAACUCCAACUUCUCCAUCUUCUACAGAUUCUUGUUGGACUACAGCAGCUCAUCACAAAACGGUAAAAACCUGGUGGAGUUCUUGUCUCAGCGAAACACGGACGUCACUUUGUUUGUUCCACACAACGAUGGAUUCACUUUCAACAAGACUUUGACCGGGAGAGACCUGGAGUACCACAUCUCGACCAAUCACAGCAGACGAUCCUUUUCAGAGCUGAAACAUCAUGACGUAAUUGUGUCCAAGAUCGGGUUUAAUCUCACGGUCACCCACGGCAACGACCAGGACCUUUCAUGUUGCCCUGGUUACUACGGCCGUGAGUGUUAUAAAUGUCCUGGAGACGUAGGCAGCCCCUGCUCAAACCACGGCCAGUGUCAGGACGGCCAUGAGGGGACUGGGGAGUGCCGCUGCUUUGAGGGUUUCCACGGGACGUCCUGCGAGGACUGCGAACCGGGCAGAUAUGGAAACAACUGCUCCAAACAGUGCAAGUGUGACCAUGGAAAAUGUGCUGAUGGACUGACAGGAAGUGGACUCUGUGAUUGCUACAAAGGCUGGAAAGGAGCCUCGUGCUCCAUUGAAAUCCGAGAUGACGCCUGUGGAGGAAACUGCGACCAAAAUGCAAACUGCAUCACGGGGCCUCAGGGCAGUGCUCCAGUCUGUGUGUGUGUGGCUGGAUAUAAAGGCAAUGGCACGCACUGCAAAGAGCUGGAUUUAUGCCAAAUAUCCAACGGCGGCUGUUCACCGUUCGCUGUUUGCACCAAAGUGUCUGCAGGAGAGCGUACCUGCAGCUGCAACAAGGGUUACACGGGCGAUGGAGUCGUUUGUGUAGAGAUCGAUGGCUGUCUAGUUAACAAUGGAGGAUGUCCUCUUUCAGCUGACUGCAUCCGAACCGGACCUAACUCUACGGCGUGUCAUUGUCGCGCUGGUUUCAAAGGAUCAGGACAUUUUUGUUACCCGGUGAACCCCUGCAGAGAAGACAAUGGCGGCUGCAGUAGAUUCGCCUACUGCUCAUACCUGGGCCAAGGUCAGAGGAACUGCACCUGUCGCAGCAGUUACAUCGGGGAUGGAUUUGACUGUCGAGGUGGAGUCAGCACCGAAAUCACUCGACAAUCAGAGAACGCCUUCUUCAGACAGAUGUUUACGCUGUCUGGCGUCAGGAAUCUCUAUGGUGACGGCCCAUACACUGUAUUUGUUCCUGUAGAGGGCAGCAAUAACCACACUACUGUGACUCAGUGGAUGGACAAUGGACGUCUCACAGACAUGAUGCAAUAUCACAUUGUUUCAUGUGAGACCCUGACCUUCAACGAUCUCAAAACUACAGACCAAGCUAUCGCCCAAUCAGGACACACCUUGCGCUUCAGCUACAAACAGACACGCAGAGAUAUUCCUGCAGAGUUCUAUGGGAACAUUACCGUGCUGGCUCCCUCUGUGCAAAGUCACUUCAUGUUCUGGCACUGGCAGCGCAAGGCUCUUCACUUGCUGCGUGCUCACAUCUUGCUUGGCGUGUACUCUGUGGAGGACUUGGAUAAACUAGUGGGAUCCAAAGUGCCCACUCUGAAUCCUCAGACCCAAUGGAAAGUCAGCAGGAGCAGCACUGGGGCUUUGACUCCUGCUUUGAACGAAAUCCCCCCAGACCCUCCUACGCUGAUGGAUUUUCUCAACAAAACCAGCAACUUCAGCCUCUUCAGAAACUAUGCAAUGGAUUCUGAUACGUUGAAGUAUCAUGUGAUUCCUGGCAGCCUUCUUUUUCUGGACCAGAUCUACGACGGCCUGAUUGCAAGCACUUUCCUGGGAAACCCGUAUCAAGUGCAGUUUCACAUUAACGACAAAAAUCAGACAGCUGUGAAUGGUGUUUCUUUGGACAAAAGCUUCAUUGAGAUAGAGUCUGGAAUCAUUCUUGUCCUCAAUCAGGUUCUUGAAGUGCAGAGGAGAAGAUGUGGCAAACCAUUUAGGGAGGGGCUCAGUGGUCAAUGUACAGAUUGUGAUGGACCCCCUCGCUGUUUACUGGAUUUCCAGCCGGUUUUGAGCAAGUUUCCUUCCAACAUGAAGUCCAAUUGUAGAUACCGUAAACGUGUCGGCCCCAGAACCAAGUCUGUGCCCGGCUGCACCAUCGACUGUCGUCACAGGAGGACGGACCUUUCAUGUUGCCCUGGUUACUACGGCCGUGAGUGUUAUAAAUGUCCUGGAGACGUAGGCAGCCCCUGCUCAAACCACGGCCAGUGUCAGGACGGCCAUGAGGGGACUGGGGAGUGCCGCUGCUUUGAGGGUUUCCACGGGACGUCCUGCGAGGACUGCGAACCGGGCAGAUAUGGAAACAACUGCUCCAAACUGCAAGUGUGA